CAUUAGGGGCUCUGUGACGGAAGGAAGACCAGCUUCCAGGGUUCGUGCAGAGCGGCACUUCCCUCCCUUUCUCGAUCUUAAGGUGGGGGGCUGUCUUCGUGGGAGGAGGGGCUCUCCGGGCUCUCCAUACCUGCGGGAAGCGUUCCCCCACCUACUCACUACCUGUCAAAGGGGAAGACUACUAAGGGCAGAAAGUUGGGUCAACGUCCGGGGCUCAGGACACCAUCGGGCCCUCUGCCUGUCGGGGGACCGGCCCCAGACCGCGCCCCAGUCUUCCUGCUCCUGUGCCCGGCACUAAGACCCAGCGGGCGUACCGGCCCGGCCCCUGCGCCAGCCCGCCAGCCGCCAGCUGGCCUGGACGCCCGCUCUGCUGGGGAGAGCCGGCCGGCGCGGCGGGGUUAUGGGUCGCGCGGCGUGGGGGCUGCUGUGGCUGCUGCUGGGCAGCGCCGCGGCGCAGUACGAGAAGUACAGCUUCCGGGGCUUCCCGCCCGAGGACCUGAUGCCUCUGGCCACGGCCUACGGCCACGCGCUGGAGCAGUACGAGGGCGAGAGCUGGCGCGAGAGUGCGCGCUACCUCGAGGCGGCGCUGCGGCUGCACCGGCUGCUGCGGGACAGCGAGGCCUUCUGCCACGCCAACUGCAGCAGCCCUGCACUGCCCGCGGCCUCUUUCCGGGGGCCCUCGCCCGGCCCCGACGGCGGCCGUGGCGACGAGUGGGCCCGCGAGCUGCAGCUCUUCGGUCACGUCCUGGAGCGCGCCGCCUGCCUGCGGCGCUGCAAGAGAACUCUGCCCGCCUUCCAGGUGCCCUACCCGCCGCGGCAGCUGCUGCGCGACUUUCAGAGUCGCCUGCCCUACCAGUACCUGCACUACGCGCUUUUCAAGGCUAACCGGCUGGAGAAGGCGGUGGCCGCGGCCUACACCUUCCUCCAGAGGAACCCGAAGCACGAAUUAACCGCCAAGUAUCUCAGCUACUACCGGGGACUGCUGGAUGCUGCCGAGGAGCCCCUCACGGACUUGGAGGCGCAGCCCUACGAGGCUGUGUUCCUCCGGGCUGUGAAGUUCUACAACAGCGGGGAUUUCCGCAGCAGCACGGAGGACAUGGAGCGCGCCUUGGCCGAGUACCUGGCGGUCUUUGCCCGGUGUCUGGCUGGCUGCGAGGGGGCCCAGGAGCAGGUGGACUUCAAGGACUUCUACCCAGCCAUAGCAGAUCUCUUUGCAGAAUCCCUGCAGUGCAAGGUGGACUGUGAAGCCAACUUGACCCCCAAUGUGGGUGGCUUCUUCGUGGAGAAGUUCGUGGCCACCAUGUAUCACUACCUGCAGUUUGCCUACUAUAAGUUGAAUGAUGUGCGCCAGGCUGCCCACAGUGCUGCCAGCUACAUGCUCUUCGAUCCCGAGGACAGUGUCAUGCAGCAGAACCUGGUGUAUUAUCGCUUCCACCGGGCUCGCUGGGGCCUGGAGGAGGAGGACUUCCAGCCCCGGGAGGAGGCCGUUCUCUACCACAACCAGACCACUGAGCUGCGAGAACUGCUGGAGUUCGCGCACCUGUACCUGCAGCCAGAUGAUGAGAUGGAGCUGGAGGAGGCAAAAGCACCCAUGGAGCCCGAGGACCCCCCAUCUGAUGCCGAGUUUGAGGGGGAGGGCGAUUACGAGGAGGGUAUCUAUGCCGACUGGUGGCAGGAGCUGGAUGCCAAGGGCGAUGAGGCAGAGGCCGAGCCAGAGCCUGAACUAGCAUGAGAAGAGGGCCACCCCUGUACCCUUCCAGAGCUUGGGAAACCUGAGCCCAAUGGCACCACCCUCACCAGCCUGGGCAGCAGCAAGAACUAUUUAUUAAAAAUGUAAAAUGGACAUAGCUGACCAGGCCCCAUCCCAUCCCACCCCACCCGUGGGUGCUGCUCGCCGGGCCCCUCCUGCCUCCUCUCUGGGUCUGUGGACCACAGGAUGGUGAUGCUGUAGCAGCUGGGGGCCCAUCCUCCUCCCCAGUGCUCGCCCCACCUGGACAGUGUCCUCCUAGCUGGGGUCUCAGCGAAUUGCAGAAAUAGUGUGGCAGCAGCUUUGGGAAGAGCACUGGGCCAGAGUCCAGCAGUUGCUGGCAAACUGCCAAUGGGGGCUCAAUAAACGUUUCAUGUUGAAUGAAUUGCA